AUGGACGAGACUAUGAGUGACGCUCACGAUUCCCACGAGAUGGACGACCAAGAGCAGUUGGAGCAGAAGCUCAUCAACGAAGAGUACAAGAUAUGGAAGAAGAACAGCGUCUUUUUAUACGAUAUGCUGUACGGCCGCGCGCUCGAGUGGCCUACGCUCACUACACAAUGGCUUCCCGACAAGAAGCCUGUAGAAGGCACCAACAUGAGCCAGCACCGCGUCAUUCUUGGAACCCACACGUCGAACCAAGCCCAAAACUACCUACAAAUCGCCCACUGUGAGAUACCCGACUUCCGGGUUCCGGACUUGUCAGAGCUUAACGAAGAGCGCGGAGAAAUUGGCGGCCACGGCAAUGCGAAGCGACCCUUUGACUUCAAGAUUGUGCAGAAGAUCAACCACCCUGGCGAGGUCAACAAGGCGCGCUACCAGCCUCAGAACCCCGACAUCAUAGCAUCGCUGUGUGUAGACGGCAAGGUGCUCAUCUUCGACCGAACCAAGCACCCGCUGCAACCAAAGGACGAUUCGAUCAAGUUCGAGGCCGAGCUUGUAGGCCAUAGCAAGGAGGGAUUUGGCUUGAGCUGGAGUCCUCUGAAAGAGGGACACUUGGUGACGGGUAACGAGGAUACCACAGUGAAGACUUGGGACAUCAAGAGUGGCUUCUCCAAGAGCAACAAGACCAUCAGUCCAACGGCGACAUACAACGUUCACAGUGCAACCGUCAACGAUGUUCAGUACCACCCGAUCCACAACUUCCUCAUUGGUACCGCGUCCGACGAUCUUACUUGGCAAAUCAUCGAUACCCGUAUGGAAACACACAAGAAGGCACUGUACAGGAAGGAGGCCCACGACGACGCAGUCAACUGCAUCUCGUUCCAUCCCGAGUUUGAAGGGACUUUCGCGACAGGUUCGGCAGACAAAUCAGUCGGAAUCUGGGAUAUGAGGAAUUUUGACAAGAAGCUUCACAGCCUGCAAAAUCACGCCUCAGAUGUCAUUGGUCUGCAAUGGCACCCGCAAGAUGCUGCCAUUCUUGCCAGUUCCAGUUACGAUCGCCGUAUUUGCCUGUGGGAUCUCAGCAAGAUCGGUUCUGAACAGACGGCUGAGGAAGCAGAAGAUGGCCCCCCUGAACUACUGUUCAUGCACGGUGGCUUCACGAACCGAAUCUGCGACUUUGACUGGAACAAGAACGAUCCAUGGCUCAUGAUGGGCGCUGCAGAGGACAACCAGCUGCAAAUCUUCCGUCCCGCGCGCAAACUCGUUGAGCCAAUCAAGAAGACUGGUAAGGUAGCGGUUCCCGUGCCGAUUGUACCGGUUUUCGAUGCUUGGGAGCCAUCUUCGUCGCCUCUGAGUUCUGUACCUGAAAGUUCUAUACCCGAAGAGGAGGAAUCAAGGCCAGAGCAAGAGAUCGCUACUAAUUCUGAUGAGAGUGAGAGGACUUUGUAUUUGCCCGCUACUCCGCCUUCUUCUCCAUAUGCUGUUGAGCGGGUGAGGGACAAGGGGUCCAUGCUCACCUCCGAGUCGAAGCAAUCUGCCAUGCUCCUCCUCGGCCUCACAGGCUCUAUCGCGACGGGCAAAUCGACCGUCUCAUCCAUCCUCUCCAAGCCGCCCUAUUCUCUCCCAAUCGUGGACGCUGACCUCAUCGCGCGGCAAGUCGUUGAACCCGGCACUGCAGGCUACAAUGCCAUCGUCGAGCACUUUCUACCUACCACACCAGAUCUGCUUCUUCCCGAUGCGACGCCCAAAGGACGCCCGCUGAACCGACCAGCACUAGGACGGAGAGUCUUCGGCAGCGGAGAAGAGAAGGAGCGCGACCGAAAGAAGCUGAAUAGCAUCGUACACCCUGCAGUACGAAAGGAGAUGUAUAGACAAAUGGUAUGGGCAUACCUACGCGGCAACUGGGCGGUCGUGCUAGACGUCCCUCUCCUUUUUGAGAGUGGCUGGGAACGCUACUGUGGCACUAUCCUCGUCGUCGGCGUGUCGGAUCCCGCAAUACAGAUACAACGCCUACGCGAUCGUGAUUCGCAUCUUACCGAAGAAGAUGCGCGGAACCGCGUUAUGAGUCAAGGCGACGUGCGCGAGAAAGCGGAGCGCUGUUUGCGGAGAGGCCCGGGUAACGGCGUCGUGGUCUGGAAUGAUCACGACAGAAGCUAUCUGGAGAAAGAGAUACAGAGAGUCAUGCAGGAUGUUAGAAGCAAUAGUCCGCGGUGGUGGAGUUUCCUGCUUUGGGUGAACCCGUUGUUUGGUGCGCUGGCUGGUAUGUUGAGCUGGUAUAAGAUGCGGGACGUGCAAUUACAAUGGGAAGAACAGAAGAAGCGGGAGAAGGCGAAACUGUAG